AUGUCUGCUGCUGCUAACGCUAUUAAAUUAUACACUGCUGGUACCCCCAACGGUUACAAGAUCUCCAUCUUCUUGGAGUUGUUGGGUUUGAAGUACGAUGUGCAAAAAGUCAACAUUAGAGAAGGAGAACAAAAGCAGGACUGGUUUGUUCAACUUAACCCUAACGGAAGAAUCCCAACUUUAGUUGACAACUCUACUGGUGUGACUAUUUCCCAAACGGGGGCUAUUUUGCAGUAUCUCGCUGACACCUACGACAAGGAAAACAAGUUUUCCUACAAGAUUGGUACCAAGGAAUACUACAAGCAAUUGGAAUAUUUGGUUUUCUCUGUUGCUGAACAGGGUCCAAUCACAGGUCAACUCUCUCACUUCACCUUUGCUGCCCCAGAAAAGAUUCCAUAUGCAAUCAACCGUUACUCCACCGAUGUCAAGAGAAUCGUUGGAGUUUUCGAUGACAUCUUGAGUCGUAACAAGGAAGCUUUGUAUUUGGUGGGUCCACACAUCUCUAUUGCUGAUAUCUCCGUAUUUGGCUGGGCCAACUCGUUGCAUCGUGUCAAUCUUGAUUUAUCUGAAUUCAAGUUAUUCAAUAAGUACGUUGAAGCAUUGAGAGAAAUUCCAGAAAUUCAAAAGGGUUUGACUAUCCCAAAUUAA